ACUUUUAUGAAUACCGGUAAGCAGCAGAAGCCAGUGCUAACAGGCCAGCGGUUCAAGACCAGGAAAAGGGAUGAAAAGGAGAAGUUUGAGCCCACAGUUUUCAGAGACACAAUCGUUCUGGGCCUCAACGAAGCAGGAGGAGACCUCGAUGCUGUAGCUAAGUUCCUGGACGUUACCGGUUCCCGACUCGACUACCGCCGCUAUGCCGACACCCUCUUCGACAUCCUCAUCGCGGGGAGCAUGCUCGCUCCCGGUGGUACGCGUAUUGAUGAGGGGGACAAGGCCAAGGUGACAGAACAUUGUGUGUUUACCACCGAGGAGAACCAUGCCAACCUCCGCCGCUAUGCUCAGGUUUUUAACAAGCUUAUCAGGAGGUACAAGUACCUGCAGAAUGCCUUUGAGGAGGAAAUCAAAAAGCUUUUGCUGUUCCUGAAGGCAUUCAGUGAAUCAGAGCAAACCAAACUGGCUAUGUUGACUGGUAUCCUAUUGGCUAAUGGCACUCUGCCCCCGCCCAUCCUCACCAGCCUCUUCAGCGACAAUGUUGUCAAGGAAGGUAUCUCUGCAUCCUUUGCGGUGAAGAUGUUCAAGGCAUGGAUAUCUGAGAAAGAUGCCAAUGCAGUCACCUCAGCCCUGAGGAAGGCUAACCUGGAUAAGAAACUCCUGGAGCUGUUUCCUGCCAGCAAGCAGAACGUGGAGCAUUUCUCCAAGUACUUCAAUGAGGCGGGGCUGAAGGAGCUUUCAGACUUCAUGCGUGUGCAGCAGUCUCAGGGAACACGCAAGGAGCUGCAGAAAGAACUACAGGAGCGCCUCUCUCAGGACUGCCCCAUACGAGAGAUGGUGGUGUACGUGAAGGAGGAGAUGAAAAGGAGUGCUCUCCAGGAGCAAGCUGUGAUUGGUCUGCUGUGGAACAUUCUCAUGAAUGCUGUGGAGUGGAACAAGAAGGAGGAGUUGGUCACCGAGCAAGCCCUCAAACACCUUAAACAUUAUGCCCCCCUGCUAGCAGCGUUCAGCACCCAGGGCCAGUCAGAGCUGGUGCUGCUACUGAGGAUCCAGGAGUACUGCUAUGACCAUAUCCACUUCAUGAAGUCAUUCUCCAAGAUAGUGGUUCUCUUCUACAAAGCUGACGUUUUGAGUGAGGAGGCCAUUCUGAGGUGGUACAAAGACACUCACACCACCAAAGGGAAAGGUGUCUUUGUCGAGCAGAUGAAGAAGUUUGUUGAGUGGCUGCAAAAUGCAGAAGAAGAGUCUGAGUCUGAGGGAGAGGAGGACUAG